UAAAAAAUCUGAAUGUCGCGUUAUAAUAUUCGCUAAUUCUGCGAAAGUAGUUCGCACUAAAAAAAAUGAAAUACACAGAAGACUCUUUGAAGUUAAGCACUGUUUUUGAUUCUAUUUUGAGUUCAAUCGAGCUUUCUUGGGGUUAUUAGUGCAGUUUAAAAGGUCAAAUAUCCUUUUUAGCAGUUUCAUCAAGGAACAAUAAUCGAAGCUUUUCUUCCUUUUAUCUUCAUAAAAAUAUUUCUAUUGCUCUACUUAGUCCGGCUGUUUCUAUAAAUAUGAAAAGCCUUCAAGUUCUGACAGCGGAAUUGCUUCCAUGUUUUUGCUGAGGUACCAUAUUAUACUAAUUUACUUACCAGACAGUACAUUAUUACUUUCUUCCAACUUUGUAAUUAUAAAUAAUUUAUUACCGGUAACUUGAGCGGAAGCCAAAAAUUAGUUCAGUGGGUAUGUUAAAGACGAAAUAAGAGAUGCUAUUUCUUUCAGAAAUUUCAGUCCUGAAAGAAUGGAUUUAAAUUUGUAAGGAGAAACAUUACUUCAUCGACUUUAUUUUUGCAAACUAAAAGUCAUGGCAAAGGUGAUCAAUUUUGUUCACGAUUUUACUUCAGAGCUUUAUAACAGGAGAUCGAAAUGUCACAAUUUAGUUAAGAAGACGAUACUUGCGACGGAAUUUGCCAGCUAACAAGGAAACGGGCUCCUCGUAAACAGAUUGGUAACUGCAUAUCAGGAUCCAAUUACGGCCAGUUGUCAUUUUAAUCCCAAUGCGACUUGACUCCACGUCUUGAAACUUGACACUUUUUGAGUCAAUAGAGCGAAACAAAUUAAUGGAACUUGACUCUAAACAUUGCCAGCUGGGAGAUUAUAGUCUCGCACCCAAAUUAAUUUUGAGCCCAAACGGGGCUGCAAACACGUGAACCAAUGGUCACCAGACUCGAAUUUAUCAUCCAAUUUGUCAGUUAUUGAUAUUUCGAAGGAUCUACACCAAUGCGAACCUCGUGGCAAGAAUUAAAUCUGAAUUGAAUCUUUCAUUCACAGCUCAUAGUUUGAAUUUAACAGCCCUAAUUCACCCAUGAUAUCUUAUAAUAACCAGAACUAGUUGCAAAUAUUUCAACAAAACUUCUGACAAAAAUUUUAUCGAGGAACCGACACAUUAUUCAUCUGCUUUCUCAAGUCUCAGAUUAUAUUUAAGUUUCAUUUUUGCUCGAAAUUUAUCCUUCAAACAAACCACUGCAGAAGAAUUUUCUUUCCAAAAUUUUUUCUCGUUCAAUCUAUUUUCGAAAUUCGGCAACCAAUUCAGCCGAUAUUUGACGCUAAAAUGCAGUCAACAUAUCAAGUAAAGUUCAACAGAGUCUAUUAUGACACCGAAAAAAUCAUCUUCUCGGACGAGUGCACGGAGGCUGAGGGAGGGUGGUGGCACCUGGACCACUUCUGCUGUGUGCACUGUGACAGCCAGCUGGGGGGCCAGAGAUACAUCAUGCACCAGACACAGCCAUACUGCAUCCACUGCUACGAGUCCAUAUUCGCCCAGCACUGCUCCACGUGCCAACAAGUCAUCGGUGUGGACGAGGGCCAGAUGAGCUAUGAGAACCAGCACUGGCACGCCACCGACUCCUGCUUCUGUUGUGCCCACUGCACCAAAGCACUCCUCGGCCUCCCCUUCCUGCCCAAGCGGAAGAGUCUCUUCUGCAGUCUUGCAUGCAAUAUCGCACAUUACAAUACCAAUAGUCUUUCUACUGGGGGUAAUAAUACUCUGACUGGGGCAGCUGUGACCCAGGGAGGGGCAGGGGGAGGGGCUUCAUCGAUCAGCCAAUCAGAUAGUGCCACUGCAAUCCACGCUAGCAACACCAACAGCCUUAUGACAGCCUCCGGAAAAGAUUAUACUUCACAGAAAACCGGUGGAAACAACGCUCUUCCUGUCCUCGACAGAUUGGCCCAAAAUUUAACACUAACAUCAAUCAGUAGCUUAGAACUACCCGCCUCCUCAAACCCAGCCGCAGCAUCAAAUCAAGCAGCGAACGCUUCUGCUGCGAUUUCAACCUCAACUCAUACUAACACAGCUGUCAAUAUAUCAAACGAUAUGAUGACAACAACACUAACAAAUAACAACACAUUGACGGCAGCCUCUGCAGGCUGGACAAAAAACAACAAACCAUCACAGAUAGCACCGGCCAAGCAACCGCCUUUGUCGCGAAGCGCUGCAACAACAACCAGUCCCAAAAAUUUUGUCAAGCCCUUCAACUAUGUCCCGCCAAAAACAUCAACGGUUAUGUCGGGAGAUCAGACGAAAGCAAACAGCGGUAUGCCUCAAUCGAUUUCUGGAGAAUUCUCCAAAGAAGAAGAAGGAGACAACGAUAGCGCAGUGUCCUCAAUGACCAGCAGUCAUCUUGAUACUCCCCCGGUGAAUUCAGACAUAUACGAUCCAACAACGGGAGAGGAACCGCCGCCACUACCGCCAAAACCAGCCUUCAUGAAGGGUCACGCUUCACCCGAAAAAACACUGAUUGGAAUAACUUCAAUAACGAUGACUCAUGAUCCGAACACAGCGGAUGAGCAAUUAGUGAUACGAGGUGACGAGCACGUUUAUUCAGAAUCGGCUAUGGCGAAGUUCCAACGGUCAUUGCCAGACUUAAACAAAAAGAAGUCAAACUUGAAAAUCAAAACUAUCGAAGAAGAAUUUGCUGCUAGUUGUGUGAACUCUAAGAACGUCAGCUUUAACCCGAAUGUACGAGAGCGGACGCGAAGCAGUUCACUGCCAAGAACCAACUCUAAUGAUGACAUUUAUGGCGAGUCCUCGGGAGUCGUGGAACCCGAGUAUCAGUUCAGAAAAAGUCACUAUAAGUCAAGAUCACGUUGCUCACGGAGGCCUCGGAGACACAAUUCGUCGCAUUACCAUCAUCACUAUAAGCAGCACCACUAUAAUCACGAGUACUGCUCAGAUCCUGAGGACUGUACAGUCGGAAGCUCCUCGGAAAGAGGCUUCAGCACCCUACCCUGGGAGUACUAUUCGGACAGCUCGAGUAGUACCAGCAGCUCCAGUGAUGAUGAAGAAGGAGCUCAUGGGUUCAUCGGCGGAAUCCAGGUACCAGGAAGUCAUCAAUUUUCAGCGCAUUGUGCCGGUGGCACGCUCGGUGCGAUGCACGCUGCGGGACAGAGACACAGACGUCGACACAGACGCAGCAAAAAGAGCAAGUGUAAAAUCAGUUAGCGAAUCAUCGAAGAUUAAAUACAUAUGCCUUACGUGAAGCAGCGCUAGUAGCAAAAACAUUUUGGGAUAUCAGUCUAUACAGUAUCGAUUUGAAAAAUCAUCACUUUUUCAAUAUCCCAUUUUUCAAUAGUCCACAUGAUGACAAAGUACGUUAGUUAGGUAUAAAUUCCAAACUGGAUGUGGGUUAUGAUAAUGAGUUUUUGUGAGAAGUGAUGCUAAUUGGCUGUCAGAUGAUUGACUCGUAGUGUCAUCGUACUUGUUUAUUUCAAUGACUGAUUGCAUACAUUAAAAACUCAGGUACUAAAUUGCAAUGCUGAAUUCUUUUUGCAAAGUGUAAAUGACGAUUUUAUUGAUAGCAGUUUAUUGAUAGACAAAUUUGCAAUUCAAUUCUAC